AUGAGUGGUAUAGUACGGGCCUUAAAUUGGGAUGAAGGGUACGAGCAACAAUUCGUAGCCGUGAAUCCUAUAGGUGACGAAGUGCUAUUGUAUCAAACCAGUCAUGAGGAUCCAAAUGUAGAAACUAACGAUUUGAUCAAAUUACAAAGUAGAAGUGGUUUCGAUAGUAUCCAAUGUCUGUCGUAUUCUUAUUAUACCAAAGGUUUAAUCAGUGUAGGUCAAGUCAAUGGUAACGUUUGUGUAUUUGAUAUAAACGACCCUAACUCAUCGGUAUUGAAAUUGAGACCCAAACAAAGCAGACCUUGUAAUGCUGUCAGUUUUAACAACAAUGGUUUAGUAGCUGGUGGUUUCGAUAAAGGAAGACAAGAUAAUAGUUUACAAAUCUGGAAUAUCGAACAUUACAGUAAAUCCAGUUCCAAUGAUCAUAUAAAAAGACCGUCAUUUUCUUAUCUACCCAAUGAAGCUAUUUUAUCGACGAUAUUUCAUCCCGAUAAGGAAUUCAAUUUAUUAUGUGGUUCGUACAAAUAUUUGAGAGAGAUAGAUUUAAGAGUGGAACAACCAAUAUUCCAGAUGGCCACCAGAUGUACUUCUGGCUUACAAAUAGAUCCUUUCCAAACCCAUUACUUCUCAUCAUUUAGUGAAGAUGGGUCUUUGGCCAUUUGGGAUAGAAGAAAGUUAGUGACAACCAAACACAACAUUUUAACCGAGUCACCGGUUUUGAACUUCAAUAAAUUAUUGGAUACUUCAAGAAAAAACACCAGCCCUUGUUUCAGAUAUUCAACUAUCCGUAAAGGAGAAUUCUCGUCAAUUUUCAAUGGUGAAAUUAUCAGGAGAUGGCAAACAGGGGUUGUUCCUUCCACAGAAUCAGUACCUACUUUGAAACGUGACGAGAAUCAAACUUUGCAGUCAUUGAAAAGUCAAUCUAAUCAAUUAUAUAAACCAAAUGAAGACAGUUUAUUCGUGUCGUUGGUUUUAGAUAUAAAACCUGAUUAUUCAAGAAUUAUUUCCUUUGAUUAUUCACCAGAUUUAAUAUCAUCAACUUCCAAUAAUUUGGUGUGUAUGAGACAAAGUGGGAGUGUUUUCAGAAUGCCUGUGGUUGAAUGUAUUGAAAGUAUUGACUUCAAUUCUUAUAAUGAAUUUGUCAUCACUGGACCUGAUGGUUCUGAAACCAAAUUUCUUAAUAACACCAAUAAUAUUAAGGAUUUGAAACAGAAUAAUUUACUCAAUAGAAUUAACGAUUUUUCUUUGUCUAACAAUGACUUAAACAAAUUAGCUAAAAAUGACUAUGAGUUGGAGUCCUUGAUUGAAAGAAGAACCAAGAACAGGAAUUACGAUAAAGAUAAUUAUGAUAAUAGUGAUGAAGUCAAUUCAGAUUUGGAUUCUCAAGAGGGAACUCCCGAUACUGUGAGACUUGAUGAUACCGAUGAGGAUGAAGAAGAAUUGUCAAUAUCAUUGAAUAACUUUUUGGAUGUCUCUCAAGUAAUUGAAUAUGAUAUUUGUUCCACCAUAAGGAAAAGGGCUAGUCUUGGCUAUGGUCACGAAUGUGAGAAGAAUAUCAGGGUUUUGGAAUCUAUUGAUAAUAUGGAUAAUCAAUUAUCUUUAAGAAACACCUGGAAAUGGCUUAGUUUAGCUAAGAAGUCUCUCGAUAAAGGAACUAUGAUUUCUAAUGGUAUUGAUUUAGGGUUCUUAGGAGUUUUAGGGAUCUGGAAUGGGAUUGAGAAAUUGACCAAUCCUAAUAGAUUCAAUAAAGAUAUAGAAGCUUACAGCGAUUCAUUUUUUUCCAACACUAUCAAAUCCAUUGUGGCAUCCAAAGGGAAAAAAGCUGCAGCUAUAAAUAUUCCAAGUAAUAGUGAAAGAAAAGCUCAAAGAAAAUUAUGUCUUAUCGUAUCAGGAUGGUAUUUCAGUGAUGAGGAAUUUGAUGAAAGAUUAAAUAUUUUGAUUAAUUUAGGAUUCAUUGAAAAAGCUGCUGGUUGGGCAGUUUUCCACGGAAAUGUCAAUAAAGCUAUUGAAAUUUUAGCAUCGUCGAAGAAGAGUCGAUUAAGAUUAAUGGCCACCGCAGUUGCUGGGUAUCUAGCAUAUAAGAAUUCUAAUGUCAAUAGUCCAUGGAAAGAUCAAUGUAGGAGAAUGGCUAGUGAAUUGGAUGAUCCAUAUUUAAGAGCCAUCUUUGCCUUCAUAGCUGAUAAUGAUUGGUGGGAUGUUUUAGAUGAACAUAGUUUACCUUUAAGAGAGAGAUUGGGUGUUGCAUUAAGGUUUUUGUCAGAUAAAGAUUUGACUGUUUAUUUGAAUAGAAUUGGAGAUACCGUGGUUGCUAAAGGGGAAUUAGAAGGGUUAAUUUUAACAGGUAUCACAGCCAAAGGUAUAGAUUUGAUUCAAGGGUAUGUUGAUAGAACCAGUGAUGUUCAAACUGCAGCUUUAAUAGUUAGUUAUGGAUCACCAAGGUAUUUAAUAGAUGAAAGAGUCGACCAUUGGAUUGACUGUUAUAGAAAUUUAUUGAAUAGUUGGGGAAUGUUCAGUGUUCGUGCCAAGUUCGAUGUUAAUAGAACCAAAUUAUCCAAAACCAGGAAUGGUAAUGUGAUGUUGAAAGCCAUACCUAAACAAGUUUAUUUGCAAUGCCCUAAAUGUAACAAGAAUAUCCUGAAAAGCAGAAACACCAAUUUGAACAAGAACGCCAAUAACAAUCAAGUAUUGAUCAAACAAUUCAAUAAAAUGUCAUCAACAUUGAAUAACCAGGAUUUAAAGAGUUGCAUGAAUUGUGGAGCUCAAUUACCAAGAUGUUCAGUAUGUCUUUUAUCGUUAGGAACUCCAGUUCCUUUCGAAGAUUCAAGUAAAUUAGUAGAAGGAGAAACCGCAGUGAACAUGAACAAUAGUGUAAGUAACAUCAGUGCAAUUAUAGAGAAUAAGUUCCGGGAAUGGUUCAGUUUCUGUUUAAAUUGUAACCAUGGAUGUCAUGCCUUCCAUGCUGAAGAAUGGUUCUCUAAACAUUACGUAUGUCCUGUUCCUGAUUGUAAUUGUAGAUGUAAUAGCUUGUAA